UAUCGGUCCAUCAGCGAUCCGGGCGACCGCUGAGAGCGCCGUGUUCGCAGCGCGAAAUACAAAACGAGGCUUUUCGUUUUCGAAAACGAAGGGAAAAAGCCGUCGCGUUGUAGGAGAAUGUUGAUAGAAGAGUUAAUGACACCUCAAACAAUGGUUUAUGGCGUUUUGAGCGGAUUUCGAGCGCCUUUCUCGACGUCUUCAGUCGAAUAUCGCAGGUUGACGAAGCGCGUAGGGUAAGAGUUUCGGUUUUCACGGGAAAUGACUUGAGUGGAAAAUCCGUUUCAUCGUUCGCUGGAGGCUCAUCGGCGCGUUUUUAGUGAUGUUUUGUGAAUACAAUAAACGAUUUUGGCUGAGAAAUCAGCAUGUACCUUAGCCGGAAUACGGCACUUUUGGUGUGGAUUUUUUCUCUCUGGACGUUCAGGGUAGUAUUCGGCGUGAUCGGCGUGAUCGACUUCGGUGCCGAGGUCGUUUGUGCCAACAGUCCGGGAUUGAUACACCGGCAACGGGAGAUGUGCAGGCAGUCGCCCGACGCCAUGAUAGCCGUCGGGGACGGCAUCAGAAUGGCCACCGCCGAGUGCAGAUACCAAUUCAGGCAGCACCGGUGGAAUUGCACCGGCAUCGAGAAUCCCUCCUCCUUCGGCCACGUCGUCAUCGUCGGUUCGAGGGAGGCGGCGUUCACGUACGCCAUCAGCAGCGCCGGCGUCGCCUACGCCGUGACGGCGGCCUGCGCCCGCGGCAACGUGUCGGCCUGCGGCUGCGAUCCGGGGCCCAAGCGGGAGCCGACGCCGUCGGGCUGGAAGUGGGGCGGGUGCAGCGUCGACGUCAACUACGGGGUGCGCUUCGCCCGGCGCUUCCUCGACGCGCGGGAGCUCGAGGGCGACGCCAGGAGCCUGAUGAAUUUGCACAACAACAAGGCCGGAAGGAAGGCGGUAAAAACGAAUCUCGUCAUCGAGUGCAAAUGCCACGGCGUGUCGGGCAGCUGUACGAUGAAGACCUGCUGGAAGACGUUGCCGACGUUCCGCCAAAUCGGCGACGCCCUCAUGAAGAAGUACUACCGCGCGCGGCCGGUGGCGUCGAGCUCGGCGCAGCACGCGCCCCGCGGCCUCGACGCGCCGCGCCGGCUGCGCCGCCAGCACCUGGUGCUCACCAAGGGCAAGGUGCCCGUCAAGAAGAUGCCAAAGAUGUCGGAGCUGGUGUUCUUGCAGAUGUCGCCCAACUACUGCGAGCGCGACCUGGCCGCCGGGUCGCUGGGCACCGUCGGAAGGCAAUGCAACAGGACUUCCAGAGGUACCGAUGGUUGCGAUUUGAUGUGCUGCGGUAGGGGCUACAACACUCACCAAUACACCAAGACGUUCCAGUGCAGGUGCAAGUUCCAUUGGUGUUGUACUGUGGAGUGUGAUACGUGCAGCGAGAGAACUGAGGAAUACACGUGUAAAUAGGGAAAUCGGAUCGGUUGCGGUGCGAUUUUGAGACUGAGGACGGGAGUUGUUGGUUUAAAAAAUUGUUUGUAGUUUCGAAUCGAAUGCGGAUGGAUGGAUAAGACGAUAGGAAAAUGUGAUACUUUUAGGUCGCGCUGUAAGUGGGAUUUAUGUAUUCCGGUGCAAGAUUUUUUGAUUUGUUGAGAUGUUAUUGAAAAUAUGCAUUGAAUUUUGCUCCGGAAUACCCUCGAUUUACCGUUAUGGUAUCUAAUAUUUUAAAUCCAAAAAUUAGGUACAUUCCUCACGAUUUAGUUUUUUUUUUCUCUAAGUAGUUUGUAACAUAAAAUCAUAUUUUUCUGUUUGCAUAGUAUAAUUUUGUCAUGACAAUAUUCUAACAUGUUCUGCGGAGCACCACUAAUUAAAAUAAAAAACAAUAGCUUAUUCCUCAUCAGUCUUUCUAGUGGUGAAAAUUUGCUGUUUUAUUUCUUAAGCAACCUUUAACUGAACAAUGACCCUUAGUAAACUUACGUAUCGUCCUUUUUUUUUUGUAGAGCCUUCAUUGACAGGCCGUUAAUAAUUCCUUUUUAAUAGGUUUAUUAUUCAGUAGGUACUUACCAUUACCUACACUGUGCAAAAGUAACUUUUAUUGGCCUAGGAGAGUAAGUACGACACACCUCCCGUAAGAGAUUUCUUCAUUUCAAAUCCGCUGUAGGCAUAAUUACUUGUGAUUUAACGACAGUUAUUAAUGCAUUAUCUAUCGAAUACCUACGUACUUCUUAUUAGAUAAUUAAUUAGCGUAUAAGUAAUUUAUUAUUGUAAACUAGGUUAACCAUAAUUAUAAUGCUUUGUAAUAAUUGCUGGAUAAUUUUUAAUUAAAAUCGAUUUAAGAUGCCGGUUUGGUUUUAU